CGGUCCUCGGCGCUUCCGCCCCGUGGGCCCUGCCCGGCCUCUGCGCUCCAGGCCCGCCUUGCGGGGCGCACCCGCCAGUCUGGAGCGCCGGGCUCGGCCUCGCUGGCCUGCGUGACUGCCAGUGUGACCUUGGGCAAGUGUUGCCCGCUGGGCCUUCGUUUCCGUCCCUGCACCAGAGACUCGGGCUGGGACGUGCGCGUAUUCGCCUCCCAGCCCUGACAUCCUGAGGCUUUGUGACUCCGGGCACGUGGGGACCUGGGAGGGUGCUGGAAGCGGUGCCCACAUCCCCCUGCUCCCCACAGGUCUGGCCAUGAACUCUGGAGGAAGGAGGCAGGAGGCAACAGCGCCCAAGGGUAGAAGGGCUCACAGACCCCGGGAACAGGACCGAGAUGUGCAGCUGUCCAAGGCUCUGUCCUAUGCCCUGCGCCACGGUGCCUUGAAGCUGGGACUUCCCAUGGGGCCUGAUGGCUUCGUGCCCCUGGGCGCCCUCCUGCAGCUGCCACAGUUCCGCGGCUUCUCAGCAGAAGACGUACAGCGCGUGGUGGACGCCAGUGAGAAGCAGCGGUUUGCCCUGCAGCCCGGGGAUCCCAGCACCGGCCCUCUCAUCCGGGCCAAUCAGGGCCACUCCCUGCAGGUGCCGGAGUUGGAGCUCAGGCCUCUGGAGACACCACAGGCCCUGCCGCAGACGCUGGUCCAUGGUACUUUCUGGAAACACUGGCCGUCCAUCCUGCUCCAGGGCCUGUCCUGCCGAGGAAGAACGCACAUCCACCUGGCCCCGGGACUGCCGGGGGACCCUGGCGUCAUCAGUGGCAUGCGGCCCCACUGCGAAGUGGCCGUGUUCAUCGACGGGCCGCUAGCUCUGGCAGGAAAGCCCCUCUCCCUGGCUGAGGACAAGCAGACGGCAGGUCGGAGCGGCCCCGAGCACAGCCCCAGACGAAGCAGGAUGAGCCAACAAUAAAAAUAUUUAUUUAUAAAAACGAAAUUUUAAAAAGGUAACAAGAGAGAAACU